CCUGCGCAGAACGCUGAGGAGGUAGCCGGCAUCUCAGCCAUGCUUGCAGCUUUGGGCUCCGUGGCAGCCGCUGUCUGGGGGCUGCUCUGUCUCCGCUCUCUCCUGCUGGGUGCCGUCGUAUUUGUCUUCUUUGCUGAUUUCCUCAAAAGUCGUCGCCCAAAGAACUACCCGCCUGGGCCCCCGCGCCUGCCCUUCGUGGGACACCUCUUCCAUCUGGACUUUAAGAAAGUUCACCUGUCGCUUCAGCGGUUUGUGAAGAAGUAUGGGAAUGUCCUUAGGCUGGAAUUUGGUGACUUGUCUUCGGUUGUUAUAACUGGAUUGCCCUUAAUCAAAGAAGCCCUUGUCCACCAGGGCGAAAACUUUGUGAACCGCCCCAAAGCCCCUUUCACAGAACGUCUCUUUAUGAACAAAGGACUGAUCAUGUCCUAUGGCCAGGAAUGGAAGGAGCAAAGAAGGUUUGCCCUGAUGACACUGAGGAACUUUGGUUUAGGAAAGAAGAGCUUAGAGGAACGCAUUCAGGAAGAGGCCUGCUACCUCACCCAGGCAGUAGGGGAGGAGGAUGGACAGCCUUUUGACCCUAACUUGAAAAUCAAGAAUGCAGUUUCCAAUAUUAUUUGCUCCAUCACAUUUGGGGAGCGUUUUGACUACCAGGAUGAUCAGUUCCAGGAGCUGCUGAGGCUGUUGGAUGAGUUCAUGAGUCUGCAGACAUCAAUAUGCUGCCAGCUCUAUGAUGUCUUUCCACGGAUAAUGAACAUUCUCCCUGGACCUCACCAAAGGCUCUUUAGUAACUGGGAAAAACUGAAAAUGUUCGUUGCCCAUGUGAUUGAAAACCACAAGAGAGAUUGGAAUCCCACUGAAGCAAGAGACUUCAUUGAUGCUUACCUCCAGGAAAUAGAGAAGCAUAGAGGUGACGCUACUGCAAGUUUCAAUGAAGAAAACCUCAUCCACAGCACCCUGGACCUCUUCUUCGCUGGAACGGAGACAACUUCGACGACGCUGCGCUGGGGUCUGCUCUACAUGGCCCUGUACCCCGAAAUCCAAGAAAAAGUUCAGGCUGAGAUCAAAAGAGUGCUUGGCCAAUGGCAGCAGCCGAGUACGGCAGCUCGAGAGUCCAUGCCCUACACCAACGCUGUCAUCCACGAGGUGCAGAGGAUGGGAGACAUCAUCCCGUUGGCUAAGUCCCUCUGUGGAAUCAUGGUCCUGAGCAACCUGACUGCACUGCACAGGGACCCUGCAAAGUGGGCCACCCCAGACACGUUCAAUCCAGAGCACUUUCUGGAGAAUGGACAGUUUAAGAAAAGGGAAGACUUUCUGCCUUUCUCAGCAGGAAAGCGGGUGUGCCUUGGAGAGCAGUUGGCCAGGUCCGAGUUGUUCAUCUUUUUUACUUCCCUUGUGCAAAAAUUCACCUUCAGGCCUCCAGACGAUGAGAAGCUGAGCCUGAAGUUCAAAACGGGCCUGACCAUCUCCCCAGUCCCCUACCGCAUCUGUGCUGCUCCCCGGGAGUGAGGUUGUCCGGGAGGGCGGGGGAAGGAAAGCAAGAAGAAAUCCCAUGUCCCCUUGCCCCCAUGGCACUAUUGCCCGCUGAGAAAUGAAAGAACAGAAUGACCUGCCUCUGAGGAAGGUCCUAGGACUUAGACUCAGAGGAAACUGGAUCCAAACCCCAGGUUUCCCAUCCCCAGUGUAGCCCUGAGUGCAUCAGUUAUGUGGUGAGUGAUUUGCCUCUUCACCCAGAAGAUGAAGAGGGUAAUGAUUUUUCUCUAAAAGAAGAAUCACUAUAAAAAUCAGAGUAAAUAAUGGACUUUACUGAUCUGAAAACCAUAAAGCACAUCAUAAAAUUUGUAGCUGUGACCUGCCUGCCUCCUGCUUCCUUCCUUUGUCCUGGAUUAGCUUCUGGUCUGUUGACGUGGCUCGGGUCAGAUUUUGCCAAAUGGUGGGUGAGAGUUAGCAGACCCUGGGGCCAGCAGAGCUGUCAAGUGGAGAGACUUUGUCCCUCCUUCCGCCAUAUUAUGUACCCUCUUUACAGAAGUGAGCUACAGAGGUUACAAAAACUGCUUCCUGAUGCCCCGUGGCAGGACCCACCCGGGGUUCCAGUGCCUUACUGUAGCACUAGGGCCUCAACACUGCUUUCCAGGGGCCCUUUGACUGGCAGCAACUGGAUGCAGCUGAAACCAAGAAAGGAAGAGGCCCGUUUUCACCUCCUGUUACACGUGUGCCAUCCCGUCCACAGUGAGAGCCUCACAAAUGCUCUUUCUCUUUCCGU